AUGCCAGCCACAAUCAGAGCAAAGUUCCUGCCUUUUGGAGCUCGCAGACCUACCUUCAUCCGGUCUCUACGUGUCGAGCAGCGUGGGUUUGCCCAAGCCGCAAACCCCGGGAGCAUACCUGCAGAAAAUGAUACGCCUUUCACAAUACCCAUUGCAGAAGAGAGCUUUCGAACAUACAAUUUCGAUCCGCCGCCAUAUUCUGUCGAAACAACGAAAAACCAACUCAAGCAGCUUUAUCGUGACAUGACAACAAUAAGGCGUAUGGAGCUAGCUGCCGAUCAAUUGUACAAAGAGAGAAAGAUCCGUGGCUUCUGUCACCUGUCGACUGGACAAGAGGCAGUUGCAGUCGGGAUCGAGCACGCAAUCAGCAAAGAAGACAAACUUAUCACCGCAUACCGCUCUCACGGGUUCACAUAUAUGCGCGGCGGUACAAUCAAAUCAAUCAUCGGCGAACUCCUCGGUCGCCGGGACGGGAUAGCGCAUGGGAAAGGUGGAUCGAUGCACAUGUACUCCAAAAGCUUCUUUGGUGGAAAUGGUAUCGUAGGUGCGAACGUGCCACUCGGGGCUGGAAUAGCGUUUGCCCAGCAGUAUGACGAGACAGGUAACGUCACAAUUAAUCUGUAUGGCGACGGAGCCGCGAACCAAGGACAGGUUCACGAAGCCUUCAACAUGGCGAAGUUGUGGAAUCUGCCUGUCAUGUUCGGCUGCGAGAACAACAAGUAUGGAAUGGGGACGUCUGCCGAAAGAGCUUCUGCCAUGACGGAGUACUAUAAACGGGGUCAUUACAUCCCUGGUCUUCGGGUGGAUGGGAUGGACGUUCUAGCUGUAAUGGCUGCAGUCAAACAUGGGCGUGAUUUCGUCAAAAGGGGCAAUGGUCCCCUCGUCUAUGAGUAUGUCACUUAUCGAUUCGCCGGUCACUCUAUGUCCGACCCUGGAAUUGCCUACCGUACUCGAGAGGAAAUGCGAAAAAACCGUGCAAAUGAUCCGCUUACAUACUUGAAGACGAGGUUGGUGGACUGGGGCAUUAUGACGGAAGAUGAAGCCAAGGCUGUCGAAAAGGAAGUGAAAAGGAUGAUCAAAGAGGAAGUCGAACAUGCCCAGCAGAUGCCCGCUCCGGAGGCAAGACUUGAUGUUUUGUUUGAAGACAUCUAUGUACCCGGCAGCGAACCUGCGCAGAGGCGAGGCAGGACAGUUGAUGAGACUUGGUAUUAG